UCUUGAUUCAAAUGGAGAUGAUUGUCAUGACAUUGGUUGUACUUAUUGUACUUGGAGCUCUUUACAUCCCAAGAUCAAAAAAUAAAGGUAAAGCUAAAGGAACUCAUACCGAUGCUACAUCAAAGACAUUGAAGAAUUACACAAAGAACGAGGUAUCCCUACAUAAUAAAAGAGAUGAUUGUUGGAUCAUCAUCCAAGGAAAGGUGUAUGAUGUUACUCCAUAUGUGGAGGAACAUCCAGGUGGCGAUGCUAUACUAAACAAUGCUGGAGGUGAUUCGACCGAGGGAUUUUAUGGGCCACAACAUGCUACUCGUGUCUUUGACAUGGUUGAUGAGUUCUACAUUGGGGACCUGAAGAGCUGAAGUUUAAGUUAUCUGAAAUCUGAAACUUGGAAAAUUCCCUAAGCUCGACAUCAAAUGCCUUCGAGAGUAUUUCAGGCUUAGAUUCUCAAAACGAGUCUAGCUAGCAGAUAGUGCUAUAUUCCCUGUAGUGUUAGUGUAUUUUUUUUCACAGAACUGUGGUGAUCCGUGGGAAGGUAUUUUCAGUCUAUCUCUUAUUCUGAUUCGAGCAACUUUACAUCAUCGUUGAGUACAAUUUGAAAUACUAUGUUGAGAAUUAACAAAUUACUUGCAAAUUUCUUGCUAACUCAACAUGCUUGCUAACCAAAAAA